AUGGGAACCUCCAAAUUAUGGCCCCCCAAAGGAGAAUCCGGAAUUUUGGGCAGGGGUUUCACCAGAGGACCAGUCCAUUUUGUCCAUGGCUCCAAGUACGACUAUCAAAUCCGGUCGGAUCACUCCCCAGGAAUCUAUUGGGCUCAUCCUCACCACCACGGCUCCACGGUGGUCCAGGGUGGAGCUGGCGCGGCCUCCGCGUUGCUGGUGGCGGAUCCGCCAGGUUUCCUGUCGGAGCAAUUGCAAAACAUGCCGGAUCACAUUCUGAUGCUGCAGAACCUUCCCUUCUCAUUGCUGGAAAAGGCGGCAGCUCUUUCGGGCGAUCAGCUUUUCCAGAGCACGAGCCCUCAGGACCUGUGGUUGGUGAACGGUGCGGAACGCCCCACGCUGACGGUGAAAGCCACGGAGUGGCACCGCUUACGCCUAGUGAUGGCGGGAGUGUCCAGCUGGCUCUACCUGAGCUUUGGAACUUGUGAGGUGGCCCUGCUGGCUAAAGACGGCAUCUACAUCAACGAUUUCCCCCGCUUCAUCCAGCAUGUUUCGCUUCCCCCGGGGGGACGCGCUGAGCUCGCGGUACGCUGCCCGCGAGUUGGAGAUGUUGACACGGAACACCAGGUGAUGUCUUCAAGCAACCCUGGCAGUGGCGUGGCCUCCUAUGUGGGCAAUUUAUUCUCCAUCAAAUCGGUGCAACCUGGAGACCUGGACUUUUUUGAGGCCCUGACUCCUUGGAAACCAUCCAACAGGCCGCAGUACCUCCAGGAUUUGACUGGUGAGAUGACGGUGCCGGACUGCUCCUGCAAGAGUCCCAUGGGCUUGGGCAAUUCGACCAGAUCAGUGGAUGGCCAUCUUUUCCAGGGCCCAAAGGCUUAUCUCCACCAAUGGCCCAGAGACGCAGUGGUGCAACGGGAAAUCUCCGGUAUCAACAAGCACAGUUUUCAUCAACAUACUUGGCCCUUUCAGCUACAAGAUACGCCUGCUGGGAACGACCCUUACUUCAAGGCUGGUGACUGGCACGACACCUACCAGAACACGCUCGACUCAAAGGCCAGGGUGCGCUUCAGCACGGUGGACUUCCACGGCACCGAAGUGGCCCCUUGGUAG